AUGGCUAGAACUCCACGAGAAACGGCAUCUCUGGAGCAAGAGCAACUCACUGCUAUCGCAAACAUAAGCACAUCAGUCGGCAGCUCCCCAAAGCAAGUCGACACGCUCGCACUGGACACCAGCUCUUCCAACUUCAUCACCAACCCCAUCUCGACUAUAACCUCUCAGCUUCACCUCCCCUCCAAAUCCGCCGAUCUCACCCUCCUCGUCCACUUUCCUGGUCUCUCAUACCAGCAACCCGUCAACCUCCCAUUCAACCGCUUCGGGCUCGAACUAGUGGAACCAGGGUCCCUUCUCCACGCCACCUUCACAGACACCUUUCAGCAGGAUGAUGCACGAAGUCAGCCCUUUACCUGGCAGCAAUUGAUCUACUUUGCGCUACUGGCGUCUCCUACACGGACUGGUAGCGUGAAGAACAUGGUAACGUGGGUUAUACAGAAUUUCCCUUUGCUGAGGAACUUGAAUGGCGGAGUACUGGGCUUGGGAAAUACGGUACAUCAGGUCUGGCAAUGCGUUUACAGCUACUGCCAACACGUGGAGCAGUACUAUGAGCGAGAUCUGCGGCCGCUAGGACCAGAUUCCACAGACGGAGAUCAGGAUGCUAUCAAAUGGCCUAAAGGCGCUGAGUUGACCUACUUUCUCCCACGCGGGAAAGAAGAUGAAGUCUUCAAGCCACUGUUCUCGUUGUGGGAUAAGCACUGGGGAUUCGGGCUUCCUCAUCCAUUACCAGAUGGAAAUGCUGUCUGCAUCCGCACGGGGAAGCAGUUUGAGGAUCUCCCGGUAAACGUGCUGUUUAAGAUUUUGAGCGAAGUCCUGACGUUUCCGCAUCCCUUGAUUGCAACAUGGGACACAGAACACAACUGCGACCGACCAAUCCUCUCACUCCUCAUUCCUCCCUCCAUGACAACCACAACUUGCACGCUAAACCUCCCACCCCCAGAACAGCUUCUUCAAGUUACUCAAGUAUCCCGAAUGCUUAGAACCCUAGGUGAAUACAUAUUCUACACCAGCAACACCUUCACCGUUCGAACAGGACACCCGCCCCAUCCCAUUAUCAGCCUCACGCGGUUCCUCUCCCGCAUCGGACCUACCGCCCGCCAAUUCAUCCGGGCCGUAGAUUUCGACGUGCGUAUCGCGCGUCCAGCACAGUUCGCGAAACACAUCGAAUCUGCCAUCAAGCUGCUAGGAGAGAGCUAUUGUCUCCAACAUCUAACCCUCCGGAUCGAUAUCUCCAGCCUAACUGCAAAGGCACAAAACGACGUCCGUGCGAUUCCAGGGUUUAAAGAUCUAGUGAAAUUUCGGGGCCUGAAACACGUGACCGUUUUCGGGCAUCCUGACGCGCAGAUUUAUCUCGACGAGAUGAUAAAGAAUCCGUUCAUUGCGCGGGAAACAGAGCUGCAGGAGCAAGCAGCUGAGUAUCACCGUCUGGAUGCCAUCAAUGACACGACCAUCCAAUCCGAGGAGGUGCCGCAAGCUGUGCAAGACGUCCUAGCGUUAGAAUCCCAGCGCCGUUGGUACGCUCACUCGCAGCGCGUCGCGCGCCUCCAGGUCCAAAAAUCAGAGCGCCAGAAGGAAGACCAAGUCUACUUCGGACCAUGUUAUCUUGACCGCGGUCGUGCACUUCCGGCUCCCUCGUCGAUAUUCGCCAUAGACGGGACUACGCUGUUCCAGGCGAGGCCGGAGGAGCCGGAUCCAGCGGUGAUGGGAUAUCAAGGCAAGGAUGGUAGGCUGAAGGAGUUUGGGGAUUGUGUGCCUGUGUAUGACGUUGAGCAAGUGACGAUGUGGCAGCGUAUGAUGGAGACGUAUUUUAGGGCUGAUGGGCUGAGGGAGAUGAUGCAGGCUAGGGUGAAGGAGGCAAUGUCGUUGCUGGGUCGGGGGCUUUGGCUAUGGGAGCUAUAUUGCAGAGGAGACUGGAUACGAGUAGCUGAGCUUGUAUGGUGUCAGAGAUUUGAGAGGGUAUGCAUACACUCAGGUGUUGUAUGCAAUAUCUCGAGGAUUGUUAGAUCGAAUAAUGUAAAAGUGUGGAGUGCGUUUGCACACAUUUGGACUUCAUAUUGUCUCCUCCAAAACACGACAGAAGUUAUUUGGGACAAAAUUAUAUAUUUUUCAGACGUAUUCAUGAGGCACAGUAUUUCCAACUGCUACAAGUUCAUACGUGGAAUUAGGAAGGAGGUUAAUACAAUAAACAUUGCUUGUUGCAGGCUUAGCCAUGGAGUUCUCGUCCUGCAAAUACAACAUAUUUACUCACCUCCGUUAAGUCUGCGGAUGGAGUUGGAAAUCGAGGAGAAAGCUACUAGGGAAGAUGUCAAUUAUCUGGCUUCAGUAUGCGAAGACAUUCUAACGACUUAUUCUUACAACACGAAUUCGAACUUGUCUGAGUAUCAAAGGAAAACUGUUUUCACAUCAGGCCAGCGAUUAGAACGUAAAAUUAAUUGGAAAAUCUUGAUGGGUAUGGAAUUUCUAUUAUAA